CACUGCGAACAUUGCAACUGUCGGUGACCAAAACAAAAAUAAACAGAAACUGUUUUGCUACUUAAGUAAAUAGAUACUUAUAUUAACAAAGUUGUUAGUAAUUAGAAAAACAGUACAAGUAAUCAGCCGGCAUAAUGGCUGAAGAAAAGUCCAUCAACCUACUAUGGAACUGCGCCAAGGAGCUUUCCACGCACACACACACCGAGCGCUUGCUCAAAUCCUACUACACGAAUACCUGUCGCAAGCUGGCCAGACACAACGUUCAAUUGCCCGAGGACUGCGUGGGCACGGCACGGAUGUGCGGCCGUUGUGGCAAUCAGUGGACCGAUGGCAACUACCAGCUCCAAUUGAAGCCACAACGUUUGGCGAACAAUGCCAAAAGGCGAAGGUUGAUCGCCCGGUUGGACAUGGACAAGGCCAAGAGGCAAAGAGGCACAUUGAGCACGGGGGCCAGAAAACGCGCCAAAUGGCUAAAGAAGCGCAUGGCCAGCAACAUUGCUGUCGACUGUUCGCUCUGUGGACACAGCACAAUGCUGCCGCUGGAAAAGCCGAAAAAACGCUCUGAAACAAUAGCAACAACUUCCAGAACAGAAACAAUAACAACUACAACACUGCCUGUGGCGAGUAAGCAGAAAAAGAAGAAGAACAACAAAAAUAAAGACAUCAAUGCUGGUCUAAAGCCAACAACUCAAAAACAACAGCAACAACAACACCAACAAAAGCCGCCGACAGCGCAAAAAGCAGCGGCCACAACAACAACAACCACUGCUGUGAGGCAAAGCAGCAAACAAAAGAAGAAAUCGAAAGCAGCGCAGUCAACGCCGGCAGCCAGCAAUGCGCCAAAAAUGCAAUCAAAAACACAAAAACAAAAUGUAUUACUACAGCUCGCAGCGCAACUGAAAUCGCACGCGUCUAAAAACGCGAGUAAAACGCCACAAAGUCGCCUGCAAGCUUUGCUGAAGUAACUUGCAAGAAAAUGAUGAUGGUGACGUUUGCAAAUGAUUUUUAAGUACAAAAGAUUGUUGUUUAGUUGAAUGAAAAGACUUGUUAUUGCACAUAAUUAAG